UUCGGCACUUGAGGCUUUGUGUGUUGUCCCUUCUGUGUUCCAUUCCAACCUCAGAACAUUACUUUCCAUCAAACUCGUGGGAGCCUUCGAGCACCUCCAUGCCACGGUGAUGACGUCACGAUUUUCGCCCAAUAGUCAACUGAACUCAUCAGUGGUCAACUCUCGAGUUGCUCUAGUUCGAGUCCAAUAAACGAACACAACCCGUAAUGUCGUCUGCUUCAGUGUCAACCGAACGCCCAGGACGAUUUCCAACAGGCUUUAGGUUGUGUUCGUUCAUUGGACUCGAGCAGCUCGAGAGUCUGCUACAAGGGCUACGGGUCGUAUAAUUUGAAACAAUUUAUCAAAUUCGGAAGUACACAAAGUUACUGUGGUUACCAUGGUUACUGAUCGCGGAACAGAUCACAACCGGACGUGACGUAAAGUGUCGUCACCUCACUCGGCACCCGCGCGCAACGCAACACAACAACACACGUGUGGAUUGAUUUGUGAUUGAUUGAGCCGUUAUGAGUUGUGUGAUAUCCCGGAAAUUAGAUCUAGAGAAGUAAAACAAUAAGACUUGUGUUUCUUCGGUUCCUUUCGUCGUGCCAUCCUGCUACAUUCGAACGUCAUGGCAGAGGCCGCGGUGGAGCAGAGUAACCUUCCGGUCUGUGUCAUCGUUCUCGGAAUGGCCGGCUCUGGAAAGACUACCUGGGUUCAGAGAAUCACGGCCCAUCUGCACGCUGCAGGGAAGGCCCCGUACGUCGUCAACCUCGACCCAGCUUGCAUGGAGGUUCCUUACCCUGCCAAUGUGGACAUCCGUGACACAGUCAAGUACAAAGAAGUAAUGAAACAGUAUGGCCUGGGUCCUAACGGUGGGAUUAUGACAUCCUUGAACCUCUUCUCCACAAGAUUUGAUCAGGUUCUAAAGCUCAUCGACAAGCGGAAAUCCCAACUAGAGUACGUAGUGUUCGACACACCAGGUCAAAUCGAAGUCUUCACGUGGUCUGCAUCUGGAAGCAUCAUCGUCGAGAGCCUUGCGUCGGAGUUCCCCACAGUAAUUGUGUACGUAAUGGACGUCGUCAAGAGCGUCACCCCGGUCACCUUCAUGUCCAACAUGCUCUACGCCUGCAGUAUCCUCUACAAGACAAAGCUUCCUUUUUUAAUAGCCAUGAACAAGGUUGAUGUCGUGGACCAUUCCUUUGCUCUGGAAUGGAUGCAGGACUUUGAGGCAUUUCAGGACGCACUACGCAACGAGACGUCCUACCUCUCAAACCUCAGUUCCUCCCUCAGUUUUGUACUCGACGAGUUCUAUCAGCACCUGAACGUCGUUGGUGUGUCAGCCGUCACGGGUCAAGGCGUGGCGGAGUUUUUUGCCGCGGUGCGCAAGGCUAAGGAAGAGUACAUACAGGAUUAUAAGCCAGAAUACGAAAGGCAGCGGCAAGAAAAGGAGAGGGCCGUUGCUGCCGAGCGAGGGAAGCAGAUGGAAAGGCUGAAAAAGGACAUCAGCGAAGAAGCUUCGACGUGUCAAGAGGCUCAAAUUUCUGUCGCACCAGAAGAGAGUGAGCCUUCGUCGGAAGAAGACGUCACCGAAGAUGCGGAAGAAGAGGCGGAAUACGAAUCUUUCAAGACAUUCCUCGAACGUGAAAAGAGCAAGAGGAAAACCAAAUACGAAUCUCAGCAACCUGCGAAAGAAUGACAUCAUCGUGGAAUUUGAAUAUGUCAGUGAAUGUACAGAUUAUAUUUUGUCACGCGAAAUAGACUGCAGCGAUAAAUUUUCAAGUCCGAUGGCGGUUUA